GGGGGGGGGGGGGAAAAAAAGUUAGCAAGGGAGAUUGAGAGCCAUAAAAGCGUGGUUUAUGUUCUGUGAUGCGUGCAAUAGCGAGGCGGUGUCGAGAAGGAAUGGCAUCUUAGGAGUUCAUCGGCGGUGUGAUUGCAGGGCUGAAGGAACAUGUAUGCUGGUCUUAUGUGAUUCCUACUUCUGUUUAGGUGAGCUCCGAGGACAGAUUUCGUCAGCAACUACUUCCUAAGUACUGCGUGGCGGUAAUCGCAACAGGCUGCAGGUGCGUACAAUGAGGUAUGGAUGUAGGCCAGUAAGUGUAUGACGGUGCGUGGGUUACGCAAAUGGCUCAAGCUGUGGCUGAUUCUUCAGAAGAUAUCGUUGGAGGGAGUCUGGUGUGAGGUGAGGUGCAGAGGGGUUGUGUUGUGCGGGUGGACUAUGUCUAGUCAGAAGUCUUCUUCCAUGACGCCGCUUAAGAAAUUGAUGCGGGAGUCCCAGGAGAUGAAGAGUGGUGUAGGGAGAAUCUCUCGGCGGAGUUUUGAACUGAAGUUUCCACACCAUCACAGGGGAAGGUCGAGCGGAAUGGUGCUGGAUGAGUCGCAAUUGAACUCAGAACCUGUUGUGGAGCAGAGUUGCUGGGCGAACAUGCCACCAGAACUGUUGAGGGAUGUGAUUCAGAGAGUGGAGGCAAGUGAGAGUGCGUGGCCCAGCCGGAAGCACGUGGUGGCAUGCGCAGCUGUUUGUAGCUCGUGGAGGGAGGUAACGAAGGAGUUGGUUCGGGCGCCAGAGCAAUCGGGACGUUUGACGUUUCCGGUUGCUUUGAAGCAGCCUGGACCUCGAGAGGAUACUGUGCAAUGUUUUAUAAAGCGGGACAGAACUACCUCCACAUAUCAGCUAUUCCUAGGACUUCCACCCUCUCAAGAGAACGGGAAAUUUCUAUUAGCUGCUCAAAAAUUUCGGCGGGCGACCAGCACCGAUUACAUUAUUUCCCUCAACCAAGAAGAUAUGUCAAGAGGAAGUAGUACAUAUGUUGGAAAAUUGAGAUCAAAUUUUUUGGGUACAAAGUUCACAAUCUAUGAUAGUCAGCCUCCCCAAAAUGGGCCAGUAUUAUCUAACCGCAGUAGCCGCCGCCUUACAUCAAAGCAGUUGUCAUACCGCGCUCACGCUGGUAGCUUCAAUGUAGCACAUAUUGCUUAUGAGUUGAAUGUCCUGGGCACACGAGGUCCAAGACGAAUGCAAUGCACUUUGCAUGGGAUCCCUUUGUCUACAAUGGAAUCAGUAGGCAGUGCUCCUUCUCCUACAGAAGUCACUGCGGACUCUCUGGAACGUGCGCACGUUCCGCACUCCGGCGUAAUGUCGUCUUCGAGAUCGAAAGCUGCUGUAGUUGACAUUAGCACAUUGGAUUACGAUUUUGCGAGUGGUCUUUUGGCCAAGGACGAGCCUUUAGUACUGAAGAACAAAGCUCCUCGCUGGCAUGAACAGCUGCAGUGUUGGUGUCUGAACUUCCGUGGCAGGGUGACUGUGGCAUCAGUGAAGAACUUUCAGUUGGUGGCCUCAAUGGAAUCGCUACCGACAAGCUCACAGAGUGAUCGUGAUAAGGUGCUGCUACAGUUCGGGAAGAUUGGGAAGGACAUAUUUACAAUGGACUACCGAUAUCCUUUGAGUGCUUUUCAAGCCUUCGCGAUCUGUUUGAGCAGCUUUGAUACGAAGUUGGCCUGUGAAUAGGUUGUACAUGGAAACUUCGGAGUAUGGAGUUGGAAUUAUGAUUUGUGAAACUUAACUUACAGCUAGUUUAAGUCCGAAGAUUAUCCUUUUACAUUCUAUCUGGGGUUGAAACUAGGUUAUAUAGCUUUAAUACUCUGGGGAGCUGAAAUUUUGCACACUGAUUUCAACAUAUGUAUGUAUUCCGUCAAGAGCGGUGAUGCAUUUUCUCUAGCCCUCCGCCCAGCUGACAAAAUUGUACAAAUGAAAGAAGCCGGCGCUUGGAAGUGGAGAAUCUGCUAUUGCAAGAUGUGAAUAUGGUAGGCGAUCUGUAAAUAGGUUGAUGACACUCCACUUCCAGAAAGCCCUUGAAAGACGUUAUUUUACAGCUAUGAAAGACUUUACAGACGAAAAA